CCUUUCGUUUUCCCACGUGGUAUACGGCGGGGAGAGUUGUCCGAGAUGGAUGUUGUCGACUCAGGAGCAUCGUUUGAGUCUGAAGAAUACUCGCAGGAGCAUCAGAAGAUGAUGACGAAGAAAAAGAAGAAAAAGAAAAAGCAGAAAGAGAUGAACAACAGUGAAUGUAGUCUUUUGGAGAUCUGUUCAUCGUCACUUGUUUUCCUUGAAUCGCCAAAUAAUGAUUUGCCAGGUAGUGCAGAGACACAAGAGGAGGAGCAAGGAAGGCAUCUGAAGAAGAAGCAGAAAAAAACAUAUUUGACUGAGGUGACUGAAGAAGCCUUAGCGAUGCCUGAUGGGGAACCUUUAAUGGCUGAAAAAGGGGUUCGAAAACAGAAGAAAAAAAGACAUCGAGAGAACAGCAUAAGGGAGAAAGGUGUUCAUACAGAAGAAGAAGGGGUGAAGAAAAAGAAAAGGCUACGUGAGAAGGAAGCAAACAAUGCCGAUGAGGGUUUUGCAGUGGGGUCUUUUGAAGAUCCGGAGGAGACAGGGGUUCAGAAGGGCAAGACGGCUCAAGGAGAACUGAACACAGGCAGCAAAGUUAUCUCUUCAUGUACUGAAGUGUGCAAGGUUGAAGCUGGCAAUUGGACCAAGGAAAUACAGCCAGAGAACCAUGAAACCAAUAGUAUGAAGAAAGCUGUGGAGGCUGGCAUGGAGUCGGCAAUAGAAGAGCUAAAGGAGUUUAUUCCAGAAGUGGACAAAAAAGCUUUUUCAGUCGUCAGCCACAUGAUUAAAUAUGACCUGCCGAGAUUUAAGGCUUUUAAACAAGAAGGUCUUAGUCUUAGACGUGGGAGGUUCACAGCAGAAGAAAACGAAAGAUUAGUCCAGAAUGUUAGUGACUUCCUGGCUCUGACAGGCAUAGACAAUGCUACCAAGCUCUUCUUUCCCCAACGAUAUCCUGAAGAAAAGCAGCAUAUUACAAAGAUGAAAGCCCAGUAUGGAUUCCAUUCAGAACUUGCUGCUGGCAUUCCCAGGCCAUGGCAUGAUGUUUAUAGUCGAGGAAGGAAGUUGUUCAAUAACUUUCAGCACCAGGGAAGGUACACAGAGGAUGACCUGAAAUCCCUGCUGAAGUUUCAUACGCUGUAUGGUCCCAACUGGAUGAAGAUUUCCGAGAUCACUGGCCGGAGUAAUCUGUCCUUAGAGAAACGCUUCUCUCACCUUGCUUAUAGCAAGGGGAAGUGGUCUGAGGAAGAGGAGAAGAAGCUAGUCAGAAUUAUCAGGAAACACUUGCUAAAACAGGUAGAGCCUGGGAGUGCCGAAGAUGGUCAGGGGGCCACUAUAAGGAAGGAGAAGCUCUACAGCAAGCUGCCAUGGAUAGAGGUGGCCCAGGAAAUGGAGACUCGCAGUUGGAGUCAGUGCAGAGUAAAGUGGAUGGGAAUUCUUAAGAAGAAGAUGACAUCAGGACAAAAGGUGUAUGAGGGAAGAAAGUCCCUGAAGGCCAAAAUUAAGUUGAUUGAAGCGUUGUAUUCGAUGAACGUUGAAGAUGUAGCAGAUGUGGAUUGGGAGAAACUCACUGGCGCAAUUGGGAACGUUCCUCCUGCCUACGUGCAAGCAAGGUUCUACAAGCUGAAGGUCACUACGGUGCCAAAGUGGCAGAAUAUGGAUUUUGCUGAUAUAAUUGAUUUUCUGUACAAGAGCAUCAAACCUAAACUUGAGGAGGAGCUACGCUGUUGUAAAACAGAAGAUGAGGAAGAGUCAAUGGACUUGAAAGAAGUGUUCAAUUUUUCUGACAUUUUUGAUGUCGAUGAUGAGCAGACAGAAACCAACACCCAACAGCUGGACUGAUCGAAAACACUCUUGAUUAUCAGAUUUUUUUGAUGUGGAGAAAAAUGGGUAACGACUGAAAAAAGCUGUAUUCGUUUUAGCUUUUAAAAAUUCUCAGGAUCCUCAAAAGAGUGUUUAUAUAUAUAUAUA